AUAGCGCUAGUUCUGUGAGCGACCGUAAAGUCGCCAAGAAGGAAUACUUCUAACGGCCGUUGGAAAAAUCAAAAAUCCUGAUCGACAACGCCGCGGAAUCGACUAAGCUUAUCAGUAGUAACGCCACCGAAGCUUGUUUGUGGUCCGCCGAUUCAUUGUCUGGCCUCACUACCACUUGUGUUUACGAGUGGGACGGGCGCGGUGCAAAAUCCGCGACAGCUGUUCGUUGUAUAUUUUUGGCCACCUAGAAAGGUGCCCCCCGGAAGUGGCUCCCCGUGCCUUGCCGGACGACGCACCAGAAAGGCAAUCUCAACUGACCUUUGGCACGCAACAACGGUUUUGGGGCCCCACCUUCGGUGCUCCCCCACCGGCUCCGUGGCACCGUCAUUGAAAGAGAAAGCGUUACGCGAAGUGAUCAUUGACCGAUGGUGGACGUGUGAGUCACGCCGGCAUUGGAACGAGACGCAACGCGAUUAAGUAACGAGAGGACCAAGCCAAGCCGCUGCCCGGAGCGCCAACGUCAGUCGAAAGUGAUAGUGUCAGCGGAAAGCAUCGGAUUUUGCUGACGGGAGGCUUGUAACGGUGCCGCUAAUCUCCACUCGAACUGGCCGGAGUCUCUGGGGGUUCGCCAAACAAAAAUAAUGUGCAUUCUAUUCGUGUACGUGGACGAUGGGGCCGGCUGUGGUCGCUAUCGGUUGGUGCUCGCUUCGAACCGCGAUGAAUUCUAUGCCCGGCCAGCCAAGCAAGCUGCACCGUGGCAGGAGAACGACCGAAUCGUCGGUGGUCGGGACAUGGAACCGGGCCGUGAGGGUGGAACGUGGCUAGCUAUCGGCAACCAUCCGCCGGGUAGCAUUCGCAUCGGUGCCCUGCUGAACGUGACCGGGGAAUCGAAACCCAAUGUCACCAACGGACGGGGACCGAUCGUGGCCAACUUUCUGACCGGCGCUCAGGCAGCCCGGGAGUACAGCGAGCAGCUGCUGGCCCACGAUAACUACGGUGCGUUUAAUUUCGUGUCGGUUGAACUCGGCACGGUACGUCCCGAGACGGUAGCGGGCGAUGGAAUCCGACCGGAACCUCAGGAAGUAGUGCUGCACACAAGUAACGCUCCCCACAGCAUUAGCCCGUGCGCGACGGGUCAGGCACUUGCCUUUGGUAACAGUACGCUCGAGAAGCCUUUGCAGAAGGUGUGCCGCGGCAGAGAACAGUUUGAAGCAAUCGUUAGCAAGCGCAACAUUCCGUUCGCCGAUUCGGAUGUGCUGGUCGACGAGCUGAUGGACCUUCUGAAGAGCGAUGUCCGCCACUUUCCCGACCCGGAACUAACGCGCCGUGCCGGACAGCACGCCGAGUAUCUAUCCAGCGUAAACGUCCGCAUACCGAACGGAAGCUACGGUAGCCGAACGCGAACCGUGAUCUUGAUCGAUCAGCAAAACCGUAUGGAGUUCAUCGAAACGACCAUGGUAAACAACGAUCCGUUGGAGGCCAACUGGAAGACAACGCGUAUCGUGCGCGACUUUUCUUAGACAAACAUUCCUACCAACAGACCGACGACCGUAACGGGAAAGAUACAAGAUUCAGUUUUAACCCACAAUUCAGUAAUUGGGCUUUUUAUUGGACAAAAACACAAUACAUCGCAGAACCUUUGCGCCGUCUCAGUAUCCUAAGACAAGGGCAUUCAAAUUGCAAGCUGUCUCUACUUGCGCUUCGAUCCUGCCUUCAGCAGACGCUUCUUUGAUCCGGCCGCAGCUCCUUUCCGUGCGCCGCGAGCAAUGCUUUUAAACUGGCCAGCGUUCUUCGCCCGUUUUCUGAGAAAGAGCAACAAACGAGUGAAGUUAUUAGUGAUGUCUUGUUAAAGCAAACGGGAGCGCUUUUGCUCAGGAAAAUACACACCUUCG